AUGCCCUGGAUGCAUUGCUCCACGCCGUGCUGGCUGGUGCAGUGCUGCCAGUGCGCCGACUGGCGCGCAGGGUGCGCGUCGCCGCGCGUGGCACGGGUGGCUCGAGAGGCGCGGCUGUCGUUCAACCCCGCGGCGCAUAUAAAACGAGAGAAGGAGGGCUGGGCGGCGGAGGUGGCGAGGGCCGAGGAGCUCUACGAGGAGCUGCGCGAGCGUGCGCCCCAGCACUGCCGCCGUGGCGGCAAGUGGGCGCGCGAGAAGCUCGUGAUGGCGGUGCAGGGAGAGUUCCCGCGCGCGCGAGGGGCAGGCGUUCCCAAGGGGACGAUCCUGUGCCUCGGCAGGGUGCUCGACGCGCACGAUGAGCAGGAUGACGCGGAGGGUGGGCACCGGGACUGGGAGGAGGACCCGCUCGGGUUCGACACCAACCCGAUGCUGCUCCGCGCCAUCGGACGACUAUCAGGGCGCGUGUUGAGUUCGGCAGCCAAAGGCGAGCCGUGCGUCGCCGCGUACGGCUCCUUCACCUACAAGUGGCGGCGCUCGCCGCUGCAGGCGCCCGGCGAGACGAGGCGGGCGAGCACGCUCCGGCUGCGCGAGUCCUUACAGAGCGGCGACCGCAUCGACUUGGAGUACUAUCAGCCCGCAGCGCGGCACUACGCCUGGGCGCGGUACGCCAAGCACAGCCGCGACUGGCGGCUCCACCUCCAGCUAUUCCUCGAGGACUGGCAGUCGUCGCUCGGCGCCUUCCUCUUCUCGCUGGCGGCGACGCUGGCCAUCUUUGCGCAGGUGGUGAUGAUGCUGCUCGAGACAAACUCAUUCGGGCUGCGCAGCCUGGACGACUGUGCGCUCUGGCUGACCGGCUGGGCUCUAACGGGCGCCUUCACCGUCGAGCUGAUCUUGCGGACCAUCUCAAAGCGGUCUGUGGGCGAGAUGUGCCUCUCUGCGUACUGGUGGGUUGACGUGGUGUCGGUCGUGCCCGACUAUGUCGUGCUGACGCUCGACCUCGCCGCGGGCAGCUCACAUGUCAACCAGUGCGCCAACCACCUUGGGGACUCGGACAACGUGCUGCAGGUUGCGACAGACAGACAGACAGAGAGGCUCGAGCCGCUGCAAAAGGAGCUGCAGGUCGACCUCGCCACGGUGUCGCACGCUGCAUAG